GCGCUCCGCCCGCCCCCUGCACCUCAGCAGCCGCUUCUCCUGCAGCUCGGGCGGCCCCGCUCCUUUCACUUUGGUGCAGGGGAGGGAAGCCGGGGGCGAGUGCUCCCAGGGCUUCCGAGGGGAGUGAACGUGGAGACGGGGGGGUUCAGGCUGUGCCCCCUUCUUCUUUGCAAAAGAGCCCCAACAUAGACGCACCGCGAGGAGCUGUCCCCCCACCACCCUCACCGCACCUCGCGGGCUGCGAACGCGGGGAGCUCGGAUGUCCGGUUUCCUGUGACACCCCGCGCCUUUCCCUGGCACCGGCCCGGGGAGUGACUGCAGAGUUGGGCACGCCGAACCUCGUACCCGCUCCCGCCACCUCCGGCUCUUCCACCGUUUGUGGGGGGCGGGGGCACCCUGGGGAGGUUCUUCCGGGGGGCAAGUGAUCAGGAGGGAACCGUAGCCUCGAAGGGGCGCACACGCCCCCCUUCCCAACCCUGCCCCCCCCCACCAGCGGACCGGCCUCCCCGCUCCCGGUCCUUCCACCAUGCACUUGCUGGGCUUCUGCUCUCUGGCGUGUUCCCUGCUGGCCGCUGCGCUGCUCCCGGGACUGCGAGAGGCCCCCUCCGCCGCCGCCACCACCUCAGAGUCCGAACCCAGCUUCUCCGAAGCGGAGCCCGACGCAGGCGAAGAGGACAAGGCUUAUACAAGUAAAGAUCUGGAGGAGCAGUUGCGAUCAGUGUCUAGUGUAGAUGAACUCAUGACUGUCCUCUACCCAGAAUACUGGAAAAUGUACAAGUGUCAAUUAAGAAAAGGAGGCUGGCAGCAAAAUAAAGAACAACCCAAUGGCAAUGCAAGGACAGAGGAGACUGUAAAGUUUGCUGCAGCACAUUACAAUGCAGAAAUAUUGAAAAGUAUUGAUAAUGAGUGGAGAAAGACUCAAUGCAUGCCACGUGAGGUGUGUAUAGAUGUGGGGAAGGAGUUUGGAGCAGCAACAAACACCUUCUUUAAACCUCCAUGUGUGUCCGUCUACAGAUGUGGGGGCUGCUGCAACAGUGAGGGGCUACAAUGUAUGAACACCAGCACAAGUUACCUCAGCAAGACGUUAUUUGAAAUCACAGUGCCUCUUUCUCAAGGCCCCAAACCAGUAACAAUCAGUUUUGCCAAUCACACUUCCUGCCGAUGCAUGUCUAAACUGGAUGUUUACAGACAAGUUCAUUCAAUUAUUAGACGUUCCUUGCCAGCAACACUACCACAGUGCCAAGCUGCAAACAAGACUUGUCCCACAAAUUAUGUAUGGAAUAACCAUAUCUGCAGUUGCUUGGCUCAGCAAGAGUUCAUGUUCUCAUCUAAUGUUGAGGAUGACUCUACAGAUGGAUUCCAUGACAUUUGUGGUCCCAACAAGGAGUUGGAUGAAGAAACCUGUCAGUGUGUCUGCAAAGGGGGUCUUCGGCCCUCCAGCUGUGGGCCCCACAAGGAACUAGAUAGGAACUCCUGCCAGUGUGUCUGUAAAAACAAACUUUUCCCCAACUCAUGUGGGCCCAACAGAGAAUUCGAUGAAAAUACAUGCCAGUGUAUGUGUAAAAGAACCUGCCCACGAAACCAGCCCCUCAACCCUGCAAAAUGUGCCUGUGAAUGUACAGAAAAUCCACAGAAAUGCUUCCUAAAAGGAAAGAAAUUCCAACAUCAAACAUGCAGUUGUUACAGAAGACCUUGUACAAAUCGACUGAAACACUGUGAGCAGGGACUUUCAUUCAGUGAAGAAGUGUGCCGCUGUGUCCCUUCCUACUGGAAAAGACCACAUAUGAACUAAGUUGUAUUAUUUUCCAGUUCAUCCUCAUCUGUCAUGGCAAACUGUGUUUCCACAAUAGAACUGCCAAUGAACAGACACAUUUAUGGGACUAUCACCACAAAUACAAAACCGGUGUUUUCUGAACCAUGUGGAUAACUUUACAGAAAUGGACUGGAACUCACCCUCAAAAGAACUCUUUCAAAGACUGGUUUUCUGCCAGUGACCAAACAACUGGGGUUUUUCUCUUGUGAUUAAAGAAAAAAGAAAAGACUAUAUAAUUUAUUUCCACUAAAAAUAUUGUUUCUGCAUUCAUUUUUAUAGCAAUAACAAUUGGUAAAAGGCUCACUGUGAUCAAUAUUUUUAUAUCAUGCAAAAUGUUUAAAAUAAAAUGAAAACUGUAUU